AUGAAAAAUGUGCUGUUGAUUUUUGCCGUAUCCUGUUGCCAUUUGCUGGCUGUACAGGGAUUAUCGUGGAAGGAUUUUGCCAAAUUAAGACUUUUUACAUUUGCCAACGGUGAUGGUGGUCAACAGCAGCAGUCAGCACCACAACAACAGCAGCAGCAACAGGCACCCGUUUUAACACGACAACUAAUAUCGGGUACCAUAAACCCUUAUAUUGUAACAACAACAACAUCCUAUUGUAUUUGUGUACCGGCUGGAUCGUGUCCAAACCCGUUGCCGACACCACCCACAGAUGGUAGUGGUCAAAUUGAUAUACGUAUCGUAAAUACGGUAACUGCACCAACAACAGCACCAUUCACUUGCAGUUAUGGCUUAUCCGUCUGUUGUCAGGCCGGAUCAUAUCAAUGUGGUCAUAGUUAUCCACCACCACCCAAUAGUUUGUCAGCUAGUGCUGGACAGGCUUCGUUUGGUGAAUAUCCAUGGCAGGCGGCGUUAUUAACAACCGGGGAGGUAUAUUUGGGAUCGGGAGCUUUAAUAUCCGCACAGCAUGUACUUACUGUGGCCCAUAAGGUGGCAAAUUUAGCAAUCACCUCCUAUAAGGUACGCAUUGGCGAAUGGGAUGCCGCCAGUACAAAUGAGCCCAUACCAGCACAGGAUGUUAUGGUCGCCAAUGUUUUCAUUCACCCCAACUACAACAAAGACAAUCUCCAAAACGAUGUGGCCCUUCUGAAAUUAGCCACACCAGUUUCGCUGACAAGCAAAUCAACCGUGGGCACCAUUUGCCUGCCCACAACAACGUUUGUGGGUCAACGUUGUUAUGUUGCGGGUUGGGGUAAAAACGAUUUUGGUCCCACCGGUGCCUAUCAGGCCAUACAGCGUGAAGUUGAUGUGCCGCUAAUACCGAAUGCCGAUUGUCAAACGGCAUUGCGUCAAACACGCUUGGGGUCGAGCUUUGUGCUGGACAAUGCAAGUUUCAUAUGUGCCGGCGGUGAGGCGGGCAAGGAUGCGUGUACGGGUGACGGCGGCUCUCCACUGGUAUGCCAAAGUAAUGGCAUUUGGUAUGUGGUCGGUAUGGUGGCUUGGGGCAUUGGUUGUGCCACAGCAGGUGUACCCGGUGUUUAUGUUAAUGUGGCCACAUAUUUACCAUGGAUACAAACAAUGAUGGCUGCAUAGUUUCC